GAAGAAGAAAGCUGAGCAGACGAGGGAGAUGUAAUAAAUAAAUAAUAAAUGACGUAAAAUGCACCUUUGCGGUAUCAUGGGUCGCCGUGAAGAGCUCAGUGACUUUCAGAGGGGAACUAUUGUAGGUUGUCACAUGUGUAAAAAGUCAGUCCGUGAGAUUUCGGCUCUCUUACAGCUGCCUCGGUCCACCGUCAGCGCAGUGAUACUGAAGUGGAAACGCGGAGGCAUAACCACGGCUUUGCCCCGGAGCGGCAGACCGCACAAGCUGAAGGAGGAGGACCGCCAGGUGUUGGAGAAAGUCGCGCUGGAAAACUGUCUGCCCUCGGUUGAAGCUAUUGCCACCGAGUUUCAGUCCGCCUCCGGGACCACCGUGAGCCCAAGAACAGUCCGCCGGGAGCUUAGAGAGAUGGGCUUCCGCGGCCGAGUGUCCACCUACAAUAAGACGAAAGGGGGGGAAAAAGCUGAGAAGACGCAGGCUGCACCAAGCCAAGAUGAAGUCAAGGUGGAUGUGUCUCGUCUGGACAUGCGUGUUGGACAUGUAAUCUCAGCUCUGCAGCUUCCGGACUCAGACAGUGUUUAUGUGCAGCAGGUUGAUGUUGGAGAGGCUUCUCAUAGGACAGUGGUCAGCUCGCUAGCAAAGCACACACCUCUGGACCAGAUGCAGAAUCGCUUGGUAGUCCUGCUGUGUAACCUGAAGCCAGCAAAAAUUAAAGGAGUGCUGUCCCAGGCUCUAAUCAUAUGUGCAAGCUCACCUGACAAAGUGGAGAUCCUCGAUCCUCCAAGUGGAGCUGUGCCAGGGGACAGAGUCAUUUUCCAGGACUUUCCAGGUGAAGCAGACAAAGAGCUGAACCCAAAACAGGAGGUGUGGGAGCAGGUUCAGACAGACUUGCGUACAGACGGCCAGUGUAUUGCAAGAUACAAGGGAGCUGCUUUUGAGGUCAUCGGCAAGGGAGUGUGUAAAGCCCAAACCAUGAGCAACUCUGAAAUCAAGUGAACUCCCUGAGCUGCCAGAGCUAACUCAGAGCAAGUCCCUACAGCAAGCCAGGAUCCAAAAUGUUGUGAAAAGCCUCCUCAGAAGAGUGGACGCUGCAUAGAAAGACCAGCUGUUUUGGAAAGACAUGACUAACAAUGGCAUGGGUGUCAUGUUUGACUGGUCACAAACUUUAGUAUUGUAAGCCAGGCAAAGUGUUGCCCUCUGUUGGACAUGAAAAUCUCAUAUAUAUAUGUAUUGUUUUUAUCGACGUAGUUUCUUCUUUUGUCCAGAUGAGGGCACUGCAGUAAACAUGAUCAUGUACAAUAUUAGUGUGAUGCAGCACAUGCAGCACACAGUCAUAAUCAACACAUUGAAAAAGAAAAUAGAACUUCCUCCAAGAAUCUUUUUUGGUGUUGGAAUAUUUGACAAAAUAUAAGUGUUUUCCCAUGAUGCCGCAGUGCCGUGGUCAUUUCCACUGAACUGUGGAUGAAACUCGGCAGCAAAAGCCCCUUUGAAAUGAUAACAGUUGAACUACUGUCUUUUAAGAUUGGAACUAAGAAGGGAAAUUACCUUUAAACAUUUUUUUUAUAUAUGACGUGAUGUAUAGAUGCAUGUGUAAUAAUAAUAAUACAUGUGCUCACUGAGCUCCUUCAGUUUAAGUCUCAUUAUAACAAGUGGGAUUGCAACAGUGUGAGAUUUCAUAAUAAUCAUCUUAGAAAAAAAUCAUGCUAUUAUGAAAUACAGUAUUACAGGGUUGUUUUUAUUAUUACAAGUUAUACUGACCCUUACAGUCAUUAAACCCUGAAUGGUCUGGUUGAACACAAUAAUGAUUUUACUUGUAAAAUAUCCUAAUAUGGAUGAAUAAAGUUUUUUUUACACUAACAUUGGAGAAUUCAAUAACCACAUGUCAUGAGAAUCCUCUGUUAAAACACAGUCAAACUAGUUUGCCACUGCAAAAGUGAUGGACAUGGCUCAGUCUUUUUUUUAUCCUGCUGAUUAUUUUUAGUGUGAGAGGUGUCUUACUUUAAACAGUAUGAUGUCUGAGAUGUAUUUUUUUUUAUCCCAAAAUGCUGCUUUUGUUCAUUUGAGGUUCACCAAGAGUCCAAAUAAAUGAAGUACAGACCGUUCCAAACAUCAACUCAAAUGUUAAUUUGCUGUUUCAUCAAAAUGAUGAUUUGUAUCCUUCCUGUCUAUGGAGAGUGUUACUUUGCUUUAUAGAUACUGUAACAGAUUAACCUUAUCUUUAAUAUGGCCCACUUCAUGUUAGUAUCUCAGCCUUUCACCAUUGUUGCUUAUCAGCAUAAUGUUUCAUUUGAAGGACUGAAGUAAACCCAAAAGUCUUUGUUUUAUGUCAUGCUGUUUUUGUGUUCUAGCAGUCUGAAUCAAGUUCAUAAAAAUGACCUAAAACACAAACAUGUAAACGUUCUUCUUCCCUUAUUUUGCAGGAAGAACUGAAAACGGCAUGUAAAAAAUGAGGAUGUGAUUCAGGAACUAAGAUGUGGAACAGAUUGAGCCAUGGUAUGAGGAUUAUAAACUUUGAAUGAGAAAAAAAUCAUUUCUGUGAGUUAUGGUUUGUACAACGUUUUGGAGCGUAGGUUAAUUUUAAACAGCUUUGUUUGAUAUAUUUGAAUUUUAAUACACUCUUUUAGAUGUGCUCGAUGUUCAACAUAAUUUGCUGUUUCAUUUACAUAAUCACUCAGUUAGAAAAAAUAAAUAACAAUCCCACAGAUAUGAUGAACAUUUGAAGUGUUUGGUUUCAGCGCUUGAUUCAGCUUGAAAACCCUGUUAACCGUAUUAUAAGCUAUAAAUCAUACUUGGUGGAUUCAACAAGCAAAGUCAAGUUUGAUAAGUGUCCUUUGGGUCAUUGUGCAUUCUCUUGCAGACACGAGUGUUAGGGGAAUAGGUUUCUGACAAUUCUAAUGAGGUAAUGAAAGUUGCUUCUGUAAAAACCCCACACCAAAAAAAAAACAGACAAAGGUGUUUCUCAUCUCCUGCCCCAGCAUAUGUUGACUUUCACUACAGGCUGACCUCAAUAGAACCGCUUUAAUUUGAAAAGGUUGCCAAGUGUUGAUAUUAUGUGUCUUAUCAGCCCCUAACCCGCCUACAGUACUCAUGUUCAAAACCCCACAGGAAACCACCCAGGAGUGAGUGCAGGUACUGUAGAGGUCCUACACUCGUUUCUGUUCCUGCAUCUGCAACAACAACUCAUGCGUGGAGGAGUGAGUCCUGCGAGUGUGUAGCGACUCGGUGCAGUUCACCGGAGGGGAAAGUUUGUAAACAACCACCCAAAGCCGAGUUUCAGCUGAGUCAAAUCAAACUGAAUAAAGUGCUGCUCCCCCUCAUCCCACAUCCUGUUUUUGAAAAAUGAAAAGAAAAGUGCAGGAAACCCAACAAAACCCUCCUUCACAUCUUUGACAUAAGCGUAUUGUUUGUGUGCUACUUAAAAGCCAAACAGGUGUAUUACUUCCUUUGCAUUAGUCUUUAAUGACAGACACUAUUCAUAGGCAUUAUUUAAGAUAAUAUAAGAUCAUAGGCCAAUAAUUCUACUACCUAAGUGUUACAACAAAAGUGUC